AAAAAAAGAAGAUAAUGACUUUAGCUUUUUAUCUUGGUUGAGUAAAGACAUAAAACAUGACGUAGGAUCUAACAACUUAAAAUUUGACACACUGGUGCACAAUAGGAUGGGCUUUGGGGUAUUCAUUGCAUUUACGGUUCAACAUUUUUAUUUGUUUGUUUAUCUUAUCAUUUUUAGUAUGGAAUGGAUAUGCUUUCUGUUGUUGAUUCCUUUUGUUGAUUAUGCAUAAUGUGUAGUAUAGUUAUGCCGCCGAGACGUAGAGGCCGAGCUCGUGGUCGAGCUCAUGCAAGGCGGGGUCGUACUGGCCGCAAUGGCCGUGUGGAGGAAUCAGAUGCGGAGGCUGAGCAGAGUCACCAUAGCGAUGCGGAAGUGAGCCAAUCUGCUAAUAGUGAUGGACGUGGUGCUGCAGACAUGACGCUCACUAAGUGGCUGGAAAUGAAGUUGGACAAGUUUGAGGGAUCAGGGACACCGAUGGAUGCUUCAAGUUGGCUUCGGACCAUGGAGAAAUAUAUGGAUGCCUUGGUGAUGACACCGGAAGAUAGAGUUGUUUAUGUAGCUUUUCAGCUGAAGGGCCUCGCGGAUGUUUGGUGGGAAGGAGUCCGUAAAGCUUGGAUACCAGCUCAUGGAGCGCUUACAUGGGACCUUUUCGUUAAUCAAUUUACUGCAAAGUACUAUCCAGCUUCAUUCAGGGAGAAGAUGGAUGUUGCCCUAAGGAAUAUUAAGCAAGGGAACAAGACCGUGGAUGAGUAUGAUGCUGAGUUUAGUAAGAUUGUUCACUUUGUCGACCAUAUAAAUCAUGAUGAGCCCGAGAAAGCCCGGAGAUUCUUCGAAGGGCUUAAUUCUGAAUAUAGACAUGUCAUGGGAGCAAACCGACCAAAUGACUAUUUCACUAUGCUUGAGCAGGCUAGGGGGAUGGAGUUACAAAUUCAGCUCACCGAGGCAGAGGCAGCUCGCACUAGAGGCACAAGUAGUGGGCAUAAGAGGAGUCAUCAAGAAGGUGCAGAGCUUACUAAGCAACCUGCUUUCAAGAAGUCUAAGCCAGAUCAGCAAUCUCAGCCAACACCUGAAACCAUGUCCCAACUUUCUUCACCGCCCUUUCACACAAGGAGCCAAUUCAUGCGCCCCGUUCCAGGGCAGGGCAUGAUAUGCUUCAGGUGUGGGCAAAAUCACCGUGCUCGAGAGUGUGACUUUUCUGGUUCUUGUAACCAAUGUGGCAAGUCUGGUCACAUGAGCCUCGUUUGCAAAAAGAAUCAUAAUUCCAUCAUUAAGUGGCAGCCAAUCACCCCUUCUCUAGAAGGUUCAUCUCAUCAUGCAAAUCAAGGGAUUAUCUCUUCGCAUGGGUCAGUUCAAAUGAUGCAAGUUCCUCCUCAGUUCCCGCCUCCGCCAACAGGUUAUCACUGGCAGGCAACUCCACUUCCAGGUCCAUAUGCUCCGCUUCAGCUACCAGCUCCACCCACCAUACCUCCACAACAGCAACAUGUUGGGGAUUCUUCUACCUUGACAAGGCCAGGAGUCUACACCAUGCCGCCAACUUCUCAUUUUCUAUCAGAUGGGGCCAAAGGUACUAAGUAAACGACAUGCAUGGGGACCCGGGCUAGCACAUCUACAUUGUUGAGCACAUCACAAAUAUUUAGAUAUUAUUAUGCAGAUAUAUAUGUUUCUAUACCUACUAGUCGUACUGCAUUAUUCACUUAAUCCCUGUUAUCUUAUGAACCAUUAUAUUUGGUGUCUCCCGAUAUAAUGAGAUGUUAUGAACUCCACGGAUGUUUCUUUUAAGUUAAAAUGUCAAUAUC